AUGGCAAAACCCGCCGAAUUCUCGGAUAAACUCCUAGGCAUGGGGAUUAUGAGUGCUGUCGUCGCACUUGACAACCACACCGCACUUAAACAUCCCUUGUGUGAAGAAUAUUUCAAUGCCGUCGUUACUGAGAAGAGGAUUUUUGAACGGCUCGGAGACCACGACUGCAUUGUCAAGUACAUACGCCCACAAGGAAAUGGCCUCGUCCUCGAAAGGUUACGAUAUCCGCUUCGUAAACACCUGCUAAAUCUCCAAGAAGAUGGAGGUCCGCCCCCUCACAGAGACGAAAUACUGAAAUGGGCAAUGCAAAUUCUGCGUGGUUUGCAGCAUCUUCAUUCGCAUUCGGUAUAUCAGUUUGACAUUGGCUGCCAUAAUAUUCUGCUUGACUUCAACAACAAUGUAAAGCUGUCUGACUUUUCAGGCUCGCUGAUUGACGACGGUAAAGUCGAGGUUGCUCCAGAAACGCGCUCUACUCAUCCGUGCCUAAUAAACCAUUGGCACAUGUCCCUUAAACCCACUGUGAAGAUGGAGCUCUUCGCCGUAGGCACUGUGCUAUAUGAAAUGUCAACGAUCUACAAGCCAUAUCAGGACAAAGGAGAUAGUGAGGUAGAGAAACUCUACCUGAAGGGUUUAUUUCCAGAUACUACCGGCAUGCUCCUUGGCAACAUUAUACAGAAAUGCUGGACCGACAAGUAUCAUGAUACCAAGGAAGUCAUCGAAGAUCUUCUACAAAUUGAGCCUGGGCUCAGUGACGGAACCGAAGUGCAGGGCUCCAAAUAUCCCGGGAAUCAUACCUUCAUCUCUGGGUUAUCUACAUUUAUCUUUCUUGUUUCGGCUGCACUUGUAGCAAAGCAAUGCAUGCAUCCUCAAGUCGCAUAA